AUGCAUUUUAGAUUCAUUCGUGACAGUUUUUGGGGCCGUUUGGCGUACCAUUUAUCGAGCCAUAGAGUGUUUUCUCACCCGGAAGAACAUAAAGAUUAUGUGAUCUCUGAGAAGUAUCUUUUCCCACCAUCUUCUUCAGAUGUGAGCAAGGAGUCUUUAGUGGAAGCCGCGGAUACCCCCAAAUCAGAACCAUUCACCCUGGGAACUUCAAAUAGAAUUGUGGUCGAUUGGGAUGGUGAUGAUGACCCGGAAAACCCUUACAAUUGGCCGGUGUACCAAAAGAUCUUCUUUAUAUUCGAAAUUGCAUUCUUGACCACCUCUGUGUAUAUGGCUUCUGCCAUCUACACACCCGGGAUAGACGAAAUCAUGCUGGAAUGGGGGAUCAGUCGAGUCCAAGCAACGCUACCAUUGUCAUUAUUUGUUAUAGGGUACGGAAUUGGUCCCAUGGUACUCUCUCCAUUUUCAGAGAAUGCCACUAUUGGGAGAACCUCCAUCUAUAUAAUCACUCUCUUCAUCUUCUUUAUCUUGCAAAUCCCCACUGCCUUAGCUCCAAAUAUCGCCUCCUUGUGUGUUCUUAGACUCAUCGGAGGGUUCUUUGCCUCUGCAGCCUUGGCAACUGGUGGUGCUUCAGUGGGAGAUAUGGUGAGAUUGCCAUAUAUCCCCAUUGGACUUGGUGGUUGGAGUCUUGGGACAGUGUGUGGUCCAUCCUUAGGACCUUUAGUGGGUUCGAUCUUUGCACAACUUGUAGGUUGGAGAUGGACGUUCUGGUUUAUGGUGAUUCUCUCUGGAGCAUCGUUCUUAGUCCUCUCCUUCCUCCUCCCUGAAUCAUACGGACAUACAUUAUUGUACAGAAAGGCCCAAAGAUUGCGGGCACUUACCCAAAAUGAAAACAUUAUCAGUGCCGGAGAGAUUGAAAAUAUGAAUGUUACCACUAAGGAAAUGGUAGUGAAAACUUUGUGGAGACCAAUUGAGAUCUCUCUUUUUGAACCAGUGGUUCUCUUGAUCAAUAUCUAUAUUGCUAUGGUCUAUUCCGUCAUGUACUUGUGGUUUGAGGCAUUCCCAAUUGUAUUCCUCGAGAUCUACCACUUCAAUUUGAUCGAGAUGGGGGUUUCAUAUGUCGGGGUCAUGGUUGGGGUGCUUAUAGCCGGUAUGAUUUAUCUCCCCAUCACAUACAAGAGCUUUUCCUUGAAAAUUAUCGCUGGCGAAGAGGUUGCACCUGAGGUUUUCCUACCAGUGGCUAUCUUUGGCAGUGUUUGCAUGCCCAUAGGGCUCUUUAUCUUUGGAUGGUCUGCAACCCCCAGUGCACAUUGGAUAGGACCCAUUAUCGGAACUGCCAUCUUUUGUGUGGGUGCCUUCAUAAUCUUCCAAACCUUGUUCAAUUACUUGAGUUUUUCAUUCUGGAAAUACAUAGCCUCUGUGUUUGCCGGAAACGUUUUAUUUAGAUCAGUCUUGGCAGGUGUAUUCCCGUUAUUCGGAGCACCAUUGUUCAACAAUCUUGCCACCGAGAAGUACCCGGUGGCCUGGGGGUCUUCACUUCUUGCCUUCAUUUGCGUUGGAAUGAUAGCCAUUCCUGUUCUUUUCUACAUGAAGGGUCCUGCCUUUAGAACAAGAUCCAAGUAUUCUGGGAAUUAG